AUGGUCAUCCUCUUCGUGAUCUUGAGACGCAGCGAGCGCCGCAUGUAUAUGCCCCGUACCUACCUUGGAUCUCUGCGACCGUCGGAACGUACCCCUCCGUCGUCGACUGGGCUCCUGGGUUGGAUUAAAGAUAUGUACAAACUGCCCGACGAAUAUGUUUUGCAACACCACUCUAUGGAUGCCUACCUUCUUCUGCGCUUCCUCAAACUCAUGACCGCCAUCUGCUUCGUCGGCUGCUGUAUCACCUUCCCGAUCCUGUUCCCGGUCAAUGCCACCGGCGGUGGUGGGAACGUACAAUUAGACCUUUUAAGUUUCUCCAAUGUCAGCGAGACGAGAUAUGCGCGUCUUUUCGCCCAUGCCCUCGUUGCCUGGGUCUUCGUUGGAUUCGUUUUCUUCACUAUCACCCGUGAGAGCAUCUUCUACAUCAACCUGCGCCAGGCGUACUCGCUUUCUCGCUCCUACGCAACCCGCCUCUCCUCUCGUACCGUCCUUUUCACUACCGUUCCCCAAGACUACUUGAGUACCGACAAGAUUCGCGAGAUGUUUGGCGUGAACAAGGUCAAGAAUGUCUGGCUCACUACUGACACGAAGGAGCUGGCUAAAAAGGUCGACGAGCGCGAAGCUGCCGGUAUCAAGCUCGAAGCUGCUGAAACUAAACUGAUCCGAUUGGCCAACGGCGCCCGCCUGAAGGCCCUGAAGAAGGGAGGAAACGCCGAGGAAGAGCCAACUAUCGCUGCAACAGCUGAAGAUGAUGGCGAGUCUGGUUCCGUUGCCGCGCGUUGGGUCCAGCCCAAGAACCGCCCUACGCACCGCCUCAAGCCAAUCAUCGGAAAGAAAGUCGAUACUAUCAACUGGGCCCGGUCCGAAAUUGAACGCCUCACCCCAGAAAUUGAGGAACUCCAGGCGAAGCACCGAGCUGGCGAGGCCAAGCUGGUUUCGUCCGUUUUUGUCGAAUUCCACACCCAGGCAGAUGCGCAAUUGGCCUACCAGUCUGUGGCUCACAACCUUCCUCUGCACAUGGCACCGCGCUAUAUCGGUUUGGAUCCAACCCAAGUCAUCUGGUCUAACUUGCGCAUCAAGUGGUGGGAGCGCAUAAUCCGUUAUGCUGCCUCUUGCGCAUUCGUCGGCGCGCUAGUCAUCUUCUGGGCUAUCCCCACGGCCUUCGUUGGUGCCCUUUCGAACAUCAACAACUUGACUGACAUGGUUCCUUUCCUCAAAUUCAUUACUCAUGUUCCCGGGUGGAUCUUGGGUGCCAUCACUGGUCUCCUUCCUACCAUUUUGAUGGCCGUUCUCAUGGCGCUGCUCCCCAUCAUUCUCCGAUUGAUGGCAAAGAUUGGUGGUGCUCCUAGCUUGGCACAAGUCGAAUUGACCACCCAGAACUUUUACUUCUUCUUCCAGGUGGUCCAGGUGUUCCUAGUUGUUACGCUUGCUUCGUCCGCCACUAGUGUCGCUACGAAAAUCAUUGACGACCCUACCUCUGCUGCCUCUUUGCUCGCCAAGAAGCUUCCCACAGCCUCGAACUUCUACAUCUCUUAUAUCGUUCUGCAGGGGUUGUCGUUCAGCUCUGGUGCCCUCUUGCAGAUUGGUGGUGUGAUUAUUGGAAAGAUUCUCGGCAAAUUCUUGGAUAACACUCCUCGCAAGAUGUACACCCGCUGGUCGAACCUUGCAGGUCUGGGUUGGGGAACGGUGUACCCUGUUUUCACCCUCUUGGCUGUUAUUGCAAUUACGUAUUCUUGCAUUGCACCCCUGGUUCUGGGUUUCGCAACCAUUGGUCUUUACCUCUUCUACUUUGCUUACCGCUACAACUUGCUGUAUGUCUCCAACGCAGACAUUGACGUUCAGGGCAAGUGCUUUACCCGCGGAUUGCAGCAAAUCACCGUUGGGUGCUAUCUGCUUGUGGUUUGCCUGAUCGGUCUUUUUGCCAUCGCGACUGGCGCCCAGAGAAUCGCUCUUGGACCCUUGAUCCUCACGAUCAUCCUCCUCAUUACCAUGAUCAUCUACCACGUCUCUCUCAACGCCGCCCUUGAGCCUCUCAUCAACUACCUCCCCAAGAACCUCGAGGCCGAAGAGGAAUCCCUCCUCCGCCGCGAGGGCAUUCCCUACAACGACGCCAAGGUCGAAGACCACGGCAUCACCGCUGGCGCCCCAGCCAACGGUGCCUCAAACGGCCACGAGAACGGCGCAGACGUCGACGAUGCCGAGAAGGGGAUCACCCACGCUACCCCCGUGCAGCCCCAGGCCAACUUCUUGGUUAAGUACCUCCGUCCCGACAAGUACGCUGGAUACCACCAGCUGCGCGAGUGGAUUCCCAACGGCGCGGAUGCAGCCACCUAUUCCCCCGAGGUCGAGUCGCACGCUUACUUCCACCCGGCAAUUAGCGCCCAGGCUCCUCUUCUCUGGAUCCCCCGUGACGAGAUGGGUAUCAGUGCCCAGGAGAUCCAACACACCGGCCGUGUCAUCCCCAUUACCGAUGCGGAUGCCUGGUUGGACGAGAAGAACAAGAUCCACUGGGACGUCGAUGGCGGCCACCCUCCAAUCUACGAGGAGAAGAUCUACUACUAA